UUCCCUCCCUCUUGCGGGGCUUGAGUCCCCCACUUGUCUCGACAGCAACCGAACUUGUCACGGGGCUCGGUUCAACCCUCUCCACCCUCCCGGCUGCCAGCGUCCCGCCCCGUCCCCUCCCAGCCCCCAGGGAGGAGGGGAGUGCUGCAGCGAGGAGGGGGGUCGCGGAGGCCAGGCUUUAUAAAGGCGCUGGAAGAGCGCUGCCCGCCAGACCCUGCCGCACGGAUCCCGAGCGCUGCCCGCCGCCCCACGUGACCGCGCCGUGCCCCAGCUCCACCGCUUAGCCCGCUGGCCAUGGCCCUCUUCGGGGCCCUCUUCCUAGCGCUGCUGGCAGGCGCCCGCGCGGAGCUCCCGGGCUGCAAGAUCCGCGUCACCUCCAAGGCGCUUGAACUGGUGAAGCAGGAAGGGCUGCGCUUUCUGGAGCAAGAGCUGGAGACCAUCACUAUUCCAGACCUGCGGGGCCAAGAGGGACACUUCUACUACAACAUCUCCGAGGUGAGGGUCACGGAACUGCAGCUGACGUCCUCUGAGCUCCACUUCCAGCCCGAGCAGGAGCUUACGCUACAAAUCACCAACGCCUCCUUGGGGCUGCGCUUUCGGAGACAGCUUCUCUACUGGUUCUUGAAGGUGUAUGAAUUUCUGUCUACGUUCAUCACCUCUGGGAUGCGCUUCCUCCUCAACCAGCAGAUCUGCCCUGUGCUCUACCAUGCGGGAAUGGUCUUGCUCAACUCCCUUCUGGACACUGUGCCUGUGCGCAGUUCUGUGGAUGAGCUUGUGGGCAUCGACUAUUCCCUGCUGAAGGAUCCUGUGGUCUCAACCAGCAAUCUAGACAUGGAAUUCCGGGGAGCAUUCUUCCCCUUGGCCGAGGGGAACUGGAGCCUCCUGAACCAGGCGGUGGAGCCCCAGCUGCAGGAGGAGGAGCGGAUGGUGUACGUGGCCUUCUCUGAGUUCUUCUUUGACUCUGCCAUGGAGAGCUACUUCCGGGCAGGGGCCUUGCAGCUGUCCCUGGUGGGAGAUAAGGUGCCCCACGAUCUGGACAUGCUGCUCAGGGCCACCUACUUUGGGAGCAUCGUCCUUCUGAGCCCUGCAGUGAUUGACUCCCCGCUGAAGCUGGAGCUGCAGGCCAUGGCCCCCCCACGCUGCACCAUCAAGCCCUCGGGCACUACCAUCUCCGUCACAGCCAGUGUCACCAUCGCCCUGGUCCCACCCAGCCAGCCCGAGGUCCAGCUCUCCAGCAUGAUCAUGGACGCCCGAUUUAAUGCCAAGAUGACGCUCCGGGGCAAGGCUCUGCGCACACACCUGGACCUGCGCAAGUUCCGAAUCUACUCGAACCAGUCUGCGCUGGAGUCUCUGGCACUGAUCCCGCUCCAGACCCCUCUGAAGGCCAUGCUGCAGGUCGGGGUGAUGCCCAUGCUCAACCAGCGGACCUGGCGUGGGGUCCAGAUCCCCCUACCCGAGGGCAUCAACUUUGUGCGUGAGGUGGUGAAGAACCAUGCGGGCUUCCUCACCAUUGGCGCUGACCUCCACUUCGCUAAAGGGCUGCGAGAGGUGAUCAACAAGAACCGGCCUGCCAACGCCAGGGACCCCCAGGCAUCCAGUGCCCCUCCAUCCUCCACAGCAGCUGUUGCAGCCCCACCCCCACCCUAGUAGCUUCCGCUUGGGACUCCACCCCUCUCAACCCUCCCCUUUCCCCCUUUAGUCCCCAGUGCCAGAGAAGAUGGGUUGAAGCCGUGCCCAAUUUAAUUUCAUAAUCGAUCCAUCUACUGUAGUCCUUCCCCUCCCCCUCCCC